ACAGGGUUUGAUUUAAUGGCCUACAGAGGUCGGGGUCGGGGUCAGGGGCUGGCUAAGCAAGUCUCGUUUGAACUUCUUGCUGAAGUUGAGAACUUGGUUAAUGCAUCUUGUGUCACUGAAAGGAUAACUUUGGCAAUUUGGCAGGCAAAUUUACAGAAGUAUUGGAACUCCUCUCCUUACUAUUUGGCUGAGGAAAGUGAUGUUUUGAAGAAAACGAAACGAAUGGAUAUAGAAAGAUUUUCGGAUAGGAGCUUGGAGAGGGACAAGUCAAAGCCACCAUUGACGCACUCCAUAAGGAUGGAUUCUGCCCAUGUUCCUGCAGAAGUAGCUAAAGGUGGAACGGAGGAGAGUCAUGCUGCAAAAAGAGUGCGUUGGAACCCAGAGUCAGACAUGCAAAAAUUGGAUCUUUUGGAGAAGCUUGAUCUAAAGUCUAAGGGUGAUGAUGAAAAGAAAAAAGAUGGUGAAGAUGAGGACGAAGAACAAGAGGAGAAGACUGCAGAUGAGGAAGAAGAAUUUAGUGAUGACGGAGAUUACAAUCAGAAUCUUUAUGAUUACGAUGAUGAUGAAGACGACUACAACAUGAAUGAAGAUAAUAAUGAUGAUGCCAUGUAUUGAAGUUGCUUGAUGGAGUGGAUUUUGCUUGCCUGUGGAAAUUUCUUGCAGAGAUGGAAUUCUUUAAUCACCAUUAUUGGACUUCUACAAAGUCCAUAGGCCUUGUAAAUUAGCAACAGCUAUUUAAUUUUGGAUAAUCAAGAAAGAACAUCUCCCUUUGGAUUAUCAACAGUUCAACAAGUUACCAAUCUAUGUAUAUGUUUAGACAAAAAAUGCAGACCUUCAGUCUCAAGAAACUACAUC